GGGAUCCGAAGCCUCCAUUGUUGCCGGUGUGAGGUGGAAGCCAUACAGACUGCGCAUGAGCCAGAAAACUUACGGAAGACACUUCUAAUACGCAUGCCCAAGAAAGUCUCGUGUGUUCCCGCGGGGAGAGACGGUAGCGUGCCUGGUAAUCUCGCGUUGUUACUUAUUCCCUAGCGCAUGCGUGGUGUGGUGGUACAAUGUCUUUGAUGAAGUGUGCGAUGUGGCCUUUGGGAAUUUUUAAACACAGCUCUAGUGUUUUUUGCACAAGAAGGGCAAUCAGCCUCUUUUCUGGCUCUCCUACGACUACGCAAUGGAGCAAAGUUGUGUCUGAUGCAGAAAAAAUUGUGGGUUAUCCAACGUCCUUCAUGAGUCUUCGUUGUCUUCUGAGUGAUGAACUGAGCAACAUAGCAAUGCAAGUCAGAAAACUGGUGGGAACCAAGCAUCCUUUACUGAAUACGGCCAGGGCCUUUGUGUAUGACAGUCGCAACAACUUGCAGAUGAGAGGCUUGGUGGUGUUACUUAUUUCCAAAGCCGCUGGGCCCAGUAAGUUAGCAGAUGACAGUCUUCAGCAUGACAUGGUGAGCGGUAUUUAUGCAAGCCAGAGAAACUUGGCUGAAAUUACAGAGCUGAUCCAUACAGCUUUCCUGGUGCAUCGUGGGAUUGUAAAUAUGGAAGAGUUGAAGAGCUGUGAUGGCCCUAUUAAGGAUAUGCAGUUUGGAAAUAAAAUGGCUAUUCUAAGUGGAGACUUCCUCCUGGCAAAUGCUUGCACUGGACUUGCACAACUACAAAACACAAAGGUUGUAGAAUUAGUAUCUGGUGCCAUUGGUGACCUGGUGCAAGGAAUAUACUAUGAAAAUUCAUAUUUGCCAGAAAAAAAUGCUUUCACUGACAACAUUGGAAUAACCAACUGGAUGGAGCACAUUUUCCUUUCCCAUGGUGCACUUCUGGCUAAAAGCUGUCAAGCAGCAAUGGAACUAGCAAAGCAUGAUCCAGAAGUCCAGUCUAUGGCUUUUCAGUAUGGGAAGCACAUGUCUUUAAGCUAUAAGCUGAACUCAGACCUGCAGCCGUUCAUCAAUGGGAAGUACAGUGGUACAUCUUUCAGUCUGAACUGUGCCCCUGUUGUUCUUCACCAGGGGUUUGUAGGAAGAGAAGCAUGGAUGGAGCAGGUCAAACAGGCUCAGCUGAAAGGAAACUUGUUAGACUUGGCAAAGUUGCAAGAGGCAAUCAAGGCUGGCAAAGGUGUGACUGCAGCUAUUGACCUGUGCUGUUACCAUGGAAACAAAGCUCUGGAGAACCUACAUUGCUUCCCUCCCUCAAAGGCCAGAUCUGCCUUAGAGAACAUUGUAUAUGCUGUGACCAGAUUUCCAUGACACUGUCAGCAGAUGAUUUCUGCUGCUUAAUGUCAUUUUCUUAUUUUUAUUUUUUUUUUCCCUUUUAAUUUUGUAUUUGUAAAGGUGAUUAUUCAGCAAAGCCUGGAGUAGUCGCCAAUGCCUUCGGAUUCUCAUGCAUCACAUUGAACAGUGGAUGUAAAGCCUAUUUUUUAUCUUGUUUGGAUUGCAAGUGAUAAAAAUAGAAUAAGGAAAAAAAAAAAGUCAAAUAAUUUUCUCUUGUCAUGCCAGAAGCACACUUGAGGCUGAACUAGUAGAAAUAAUUAAUGAGGUUUACUGCUGUGACCUCAGUAAAUGGCCAGGAAAUAAGUUCUUAUUGAUUGGACAUAGCCAGGGAUGGCGCCAGCGUGGUGGCCUGUGGUUUUCCUGCUCCUGGGAGGACAGAAGGGGUGGGAUUCUGCAGGUGUCAAUAGGAAAUCUCUUCUCUAAUCUGAGUUCCUCAAUACUAUGCAGUGUGUGCCCACAUCAAGGACACUCCUCAUUAGCAUUACAUCCUAUAUAUGUGCCCUGAACCUUUUACAAUGCUAGUCCUACCCAUGAAAUCUGCUGCAGCCCUCUCCCGUUUACAUCUUAUUUAUAUAUAAACUCAUCCAUCUGCCCAAACAAGUUCCUGCAUUGCAAAAAUGCUUUAUUUUAAGUAACUCUCAGCAUUUCAGUCCCUGUUUUUGUGCAGCUCAUCACAAUGUUUACUACAACUUCUGAAAUGAAAAUAUUGUUAUUUUUUAUUUCAAGUCUUUUUUAUUACAAUUAAAAAAAAAAAAGGAAAACGUAAUCAACUAAAAGAAGUGUAAAUUGUAUAUUUAUUUCUAAAGAAAUGAAUGUUAUCAGCAUAAAUGUCAACAUGUCUUGUGUGUACAUUCUUUUGAAUAAUUUCAGCUAUGUGAACACCAGU